UGCUUCGAUUCAAGGUUGCGAUGGCGUCUAACGGCAACUCCAAUGUACCGGUUGUUCGAUCAUGUUACAAUUGCAGUCAACCAGGGCAUCUCAAGGUAUCGUCCGUUAUCAGAUAGGAGGCUCAAUGACGGUCAGGCUGUUGCGAGUACGGCGAUAGUACCAGCACAGCCACUGGUGACGGUUCUAUCUACGACUAACUCCAACGUGGGAAUAGCGGCUCCAUACUAUUCUGGGUACUAUAACAAUGGAGGCAGUGGUAGCGGGCUAGGCAGACGUGUUAGCACGUUGGAGGAGAUUGUCGGGAAAAUCAAUAGCAAGCAUGAGGCCGACGAAGCUAGGGAGCGUGCGCGGAAAGAAGAAGAAGAUCAGAAGAAGAAGGAACAAGAUGAGGAGCAACGAAGGAUGAGGGAGAAGAAAGAUCGGGAGGAAUUGCAGGGACAAAUGCAUAAAGAGAUGACGGCGAAACUGGACGUGGUACGAGAGGCUAUCGAUGGCAAGAAAACAGGAGACGCGGAAGAAUUGGAAAAAUUGAAAGCACAAGUCGAGUUGUUAUGUAGACAGCAAUCGAAUGUCGAAACGGGAGGAAAGAAUGCUGGGGAAGAAUCGGAGGUUGUCAGAUUGAGAGCACAGGUCAAAGCACUCAAACAAGCACAGGAAGUAGCUAGCACGUCCGCCACGGUGACCAGAGCGGCGAGUGAAGCUGAGGAGAUGGUACGUAUGAGGAGGGAGCAAGUAGAAGCCAAGACUGCGAUGGAAAAAAGACUGGUUGCAAUGGAAGAGGUAAUCUUUGCCCUACAGAAACAGUGCGAGGUUGCGGAGGCGAAUGCGGAAGUCUGGAGGAUUGAGGCUAUGCGUUCUGGCAAUAAGCAAGGCAGUGUGGUCGUGGGUCAAACCCCUGUAACAGACGCUAGGUCGGAGGAGGAAGUUGAGAAACUUCAAGAGGCGAUGGCGAGAUUGGAGAUUGGGAAAAAGAUGGGAGGGACGAAUCUGAAGUCAAAGAUGGACGACGCAGCGGUGAUGUCCACCAGAAAGGACAAGGGGAAAGAAGGAGAAACUCUUAUCAUUUUGGUCAGUCAACGGGAAGCUUUCUUGAGAGAUGUUAGGAAGCACCUGAGAAAUUUGGAGAAAGAUGAGAUUCAAGGGAUUUGUGAGAAGGAAGGGAUUGUCAAUACCAAGUUGGACGAAACCAAGGAAGCGAUCGCACAGGCUCGUACUGACAGGGCGAUGAAGGAUGAUGAUCGUGGUAAAGGUAAGGAACAAGACGACUACGUGGUGGAACUAACGGAUAACAGGGAAGGGGAAUCGGGUAAGAGCGACGAGCAUGACUCGGCGACUUCUUAGAGUCAUGCCCGAACACGGCUUUCCUUUGGAAGGUGGUGAGACUUUGUAGUAGACUUCGUUCAUUGUCAUCGGAUUUAUUGAGAUGUAGGAGUGUGAAUGUGUUGUUGACCAUCGCUGUUUGUGGCUUAAUUCUCUUUGGGGAGAUCUCGUGGGGUGUUAAAUUAAUUAGUUUCUUCCUACCUUUGCUGGUCAAGUGUUGAAGAGAUAAGUUGGAUGAGUGGCAAGGGCCUGUGGUUUAUGUGUUGGUCUCAUCUUGGCAUCGACACAUAUAUGUAGGAAGUACUCAACGUGAAGCCCAUUGUCGCUGGAAGGAGUAUGUUUAUAGGGCAGGUAAGAGGACAGUGAUCGAAGGGGAAAGAAGAAACGAGAAGUUGUAUAGAUGGUUGCAUCGUUGUGGUACUCACUCGUAUGUGGUCAUUCCGUUGUGUCGUUGCUCGGAGGAGGAUUUGUUGGAAACAAAACAGUUUUUUAUUC